AUGGCGAACAAGCUCAUCGGAGAAAUGCGCCUCCCCAAUAAAUUCUCUUAUGUAUUCGCCGCGCGAAACAUCAUCACCGCUAAGGAUGCUUUGUCUAUGACGGAAUUCGAACUGAUGGAGUUGCUAGAUGUUGGAAUUAAGGAGGUCAGAUCCGCGAUUACACUCAUCAGUGAAGCUGCUUCUCCGCCAUGCCAAUCCGUUCGAUCUUUGCUGGAGCAAAAACUCGAAAAUGAACACUUAUCGGGUCAUCUUCCUACCCAUUUGAAAGGAUUGGAUGCAGCACUAUGUGGUGGCAUACCUUUUGGUGUUCUCACUGAGUUAGUAGGUCCACCGGGUAUCGGGAAAUCGCAGUUUUGCAUGAAACUUGCGCUAUCAGCCUCGUUUCCAGCAGCUUAUGGAGGAUUAGAUGGUCGUGUGAUAUACAUAGACGUGGAGUCCAAAUUUAGUUCAAGAAGGGUGAUAGAGAUGGGACUAAAAAGCUUCCCUGAAGUAUUUCACCUUAAAGGAAUGGCACAAGAGAUGGCAGGAAGAAUCCUGGUUUUGCGGCCAACUUCUUUAUCGAACUUUACCAAAAGUAUACAAGAACUCAAGGACUCGAUUCUUCAAAACCAAGUAAAGCUUCUAGUGAUUGAUAGUAUGGCAGCUCUUCUUUCAGGAGAAAACAAACCAGGAGCUCAGAGACAUCACCAGUUGGGUUGGCAUAUUUCUUUCUUAAAAUCGCUUGCUGAAUUUUCACGGAUUCCUAUAGUAGUGACUAAUCAAGUUAGAUCUCGAAACCGAGAUGAAACUAGUCAGUAUUCUUUCCAAGCUAAACUAAAAGAUGGAUGUCAAGAACACACAAGGACAUAUGAUUCUCACCUUGUUGCUGCAUUGGGGAUAAAUUGGGCUCAUGCAGUAACCAUCCGGCUGGUUCUUGAAGCCAAGGCAGGUGAGAGAGUCAUUAAGGUGGCAAAAUCUCCUAUGACCCCUCCUCUAGCCUUCCCGUUCCAUAUAACAUCAGGUGGAAUUUCAUUGCUGAGCGACACCGGGACUGAACUAAAAGGCCCAGGAAUCAACACCAUUCACGCUCGAGACACUGGAAAGAAUGACAUGGGAGGAGGUGAUGAGGUAGGAAACCUUGAGGCUUCAAUCGAAAAUGGAGCUAUGCUUGGAGGGGCUAACCCUCAACAUCAGGUUCAACGUGAGAACGUCGUACAGGGUGUACAACGAGUUCAGGGACCGCAGGAAGCGCCGGAUGUUGUUGCGCCUGAGUUGCAGGAUGAGGCAAGUAGCGCUCUUGCUCCGAUGCGAGAAAACCCUCGAGCAAUGGGUGUUGCUAACUCAGAACCGGUUGGGGUGGUAUCGAGUGAUCCAACCAGGAAUCUUAUGCAUCAUAUGUUGGAUCAGAUGGAUCGACAACAGACUGCAAAGAACUCUCCGAACCAUGUUGUGACUCAGCCGGAUUUUCUUCGGGAACAACAGAAAGGGAUGUCAAACGGUAAAGGAGGGAAUCGAAGUGGUAAGAGAGGUAGAAGAAUGCACUCUGAGGACUCACCGCAAGUUUGUCAAAACUGUGGAAAAGCCGGCCACCUCAGGAAAGAGUCUAAGCUACCAAAUCAAGGGUCGUCAGCGACCUUUGUUACGUGCUUCUCGUGUGGAGAGAAAGGGCACUACUCUUCUUCGUGUCCUAGUAAGCAUCCAUCUUCGUCUGGAAAAGAGAAGUUCGUAGAUAGAUCAUCGCACGAUUCUCAUGAACAAUUAUGUGACGAAGAUGGAUGCGUACUAGGACACGAAGAAGAGUGGUGCCCUUUCUCUCCACACGAGAAGCACGUAACAAAGGUCGCUUACGACCCUUGA